UAAAAACAGGCGGGCCAUAUGACUUAAAGCAGAUCCUGUAGUAGCUGUUUUUCAACAUCCAUCACUGGUACUCCACAUUUUCUUUUGUCCUGAUCAUUAUCUGAGUCCAGGAAGAAACCAAACCCAGAACAAAAUCACCACGGAGAAUCCUCUCGCACUAAAAUGGCACUAAGCAAUAAUGUUAUUGGUGCUAUCAACUUUGUCGCCAUGCUUCUCUCCAUCCCAGUCAUAGGUGCUGGGAUUUGGCUAGCAACGGAACCAGACAACUCUUGUGUCAAGAUCCUACAAUGGCCUGUCAUUAUCUUGGGAAUGCUGAUCCUGAAAGUAGCUCUUGCAGGCUUUGUAGGAGGUUUCUGGAGAAUCCCUUGGCUCCUUAUCUUUUAUCUCAUUGCCAUGCUCAUCCUUAUAAUAUUGCUCGCAUGUCUAACGGUUUUUAUAUACAUGGUGACUGUUAGAGGCUCAGGCCACCUUGCACCGAGUAGAGCCUACUUGGAAUAUCGUCUUGAUGAUUUUUCAGGUUGGCUUCGCCGAAGGGUUCAUAGUUCAUAUAAGUGGGAUCGGAUAAGAGGUUGCCUUAGCUCCUCUAAUACGUGUGCUGAGUUGAACCAGAGUUAUCACAUGGCUCAAGAUUUCUUCAAUGCUCAUAUUAGCCCCUUGCAGUCAGGAUGCUGUAAGCCCCCGACCGAAUGUGGGUAUACAUUUGUGAACCCAACAUAUUGGAUUAGUCCAAUAAACAUUGCUGCAGAUAUGGACUGCCUGAAAUGGAACAAUGACCAAAAUCAACUUUGCUACAAUUGCGAUUCAUGCAAGGCCGGAUUAUUGGCUAAUUUGAAAAGGGAAUGGAGAAGGGCAGACGUCGUACUGCUCAUUACUCUCAUUGCCUUAAUAUGCGUUUACUUGAUUGGUUGCUGUGCCUUUAGGAAUGCCAAAACAGAAGACUUGUUUCGCAGAUACAAACAAGGUUAUACAUAAGACCUAAUUAAUCAGAGAACAACGUUGUAAUGCUUGCAUUGUAAGGUAGUUAAUGUGUUGUGGGAAUAUUGCUCUGUUUCUUUUGCUAAUUCUAUUUCUAUAUACGAGUUUCCUGCAAGAA